UAUUUCGCUUGAUCAGAACGCUGCCCGGCCUGCCCGAACCCCCUCUGGAGGGAGUACGGUCAGCUCUCCCAAGAAUCACCACAACUCUUUCAGCCUCUUCCUUGCAGUCAUAUCCACACCCUGUUGUCUCUACACCUCCCUCCGCUCGAUCAGACGGUCCAGGAUGAAAGUUGCCUCAGAUCUCCUCUCCUCCGCCUUUUAGCUCACCAGAUCCCUAGAUCUCUUCCGUCCGUCCUCAGAUCUGACGUUCCCGAUCUGACGGCCAUGGUUGUUCUGCAGUUGAAGUUCAAGUUGAAAAAUGGAGAUUAACUGCGGUUUAGUUAAGCUAACCACGCUCAAGCGAAGCCUGCUAAUGUGCGCCGUCGGCGAAGCGGCUUUAGCGGCUUCACUUCUCUUUGUUCUGGUCAAAGCUCAGCUUGUCGGCUCAAUUCUCACUCAGGAAUCCAUGAACCUACUAACAAACCUAUCUAAGUUGAGAGGAGAUGAGCAUACAUCUCACCCCGAGAAACUAGUAGACACCGAGGAAAACGACGACGAUGGUGAUCCCGACACCGAGGAGGAUGAUGUGCAAGAUGAGGAGGACAGAAACCCUACUAAUGGAAACAAAACUGGUGCAGGAAAUGGUCCGGGCAGGGUGGAAGAAAACGGCGAGGAGGAAGAUGGUGCUGAACAGGAGGUGGGAGAGGACCCUAAUGACGAUGAGGAUGAUGACGAAGAUGAUGAGGACGACGAGGAUGAGGAUGGGGAGGAAGCCGGAGAUGAGGAAGACGAGGAUGAGGAGGAAGAGGAGGAUGAGGAGGUUGAGGAGGAGGAAGCCAUACAACCUCCCAAGAAGAGGAAGAAGUGAAUCAAGACGAUAGUGUUGCUAGUUGUCUGUGUUUAUGACUUCUAGUUUGCUGAUAUGUAUAACAAACUUGUUUAGGAGCAGCAGAGGGAGGUUUGUUUAGAAGUUGUUUCUUGUAUGACUCUCUCUGUACUGUAGACUUUCUCAUUUACUGCAACGAAGGUUUUUUAGUGUACUCCAUUUCAGUUGAAAUAGUCUUUGGUUGUGAAAGAA